GGUCACGUGGCCCGGACGGGCAGGCGGCUGCCCCGGCCGGGGGGCGGGGGUCGCGCCGGGGCUGCGCUGGGCGACGGGGAGCGGCGGGUCCGCAGCGGCCUUGAGCCUCCCAACCCGCGCGCCGCGCUGGCCCCCGAGCGUAGGAGCCGCCCCCUGCCCCCCCGCGCCGGCCCCGCGCCCGGCCGCCCGCCCCCUAUAUAGCGCGCCCCAGCAGGGCCCGCGCCAGGCCGCCAGCCUCGGAGUGGGCGCGGGACAGUGCGCGGCGCCCCGCAGCCAGGCCCCCGCCCCCGCCGCCUCCACCUCCUCCGCCGCCUGCGACCCAACGGGCGCCCCCCGCCGCGGCAGCUGCCGCCGGGCCCCCGCGGCCACCAUGAAGAAGGAGGUGUGCUCCGUGGCCUUCCUCAAGGCCGUGUUCGCCGAGUUCUUGGCCACCCUCAUCUUCGUCUUCUUCGGCCUGGGCUCGGCCCUCAAGUGGCCGUCGGCGCUGCCUACCAUCCUGCAGAUCGCGCUGGCGUUUGGCCUGGCCAUAGGCACGCUGGCCCAGGCCCUGGGACCCGUGAGCGGCGGCCACAUCAACCCCGCCAUCACCCUGGCCCUCUUGGUGGGCAACCAGAUCUCGCUGCUCCGGGCUUUCUUCUACGUGGCGGCCCAGCUGGUGGGCGCCAUUGCCGGGGCCGGCAUCCUCUACGGUGUGGCACCGCUCAAUGCCCGGGGCAAUCUGGCCGUCAACGCGCUCAACAACAACACAACGCAAGGCCAGGCCAUGGUGGUGGAGCUGAUUCUGACCUUCCAGCUGGCACUCUGCAUCUUCGCCUCCACUGACUCCCGCCGCACCAGCCCUGUGGGCUCCCCAGCCCUGUCCAUUGGCCUGUCUGUCACCCUGGGCCACCUUGUCGGAAUCUACUUCACUGGCUGCUCCAUGAACCCAGCCCGCUCUUUUGGCCCUGCCGUGGUCAUGAAUCGUUUCAGCCCCGCUCACUGGGUUUUCUGGGUAGGGCCCAUCGUGGGGGCGGUCCUGGCUGCCAUCCUCUACUUCUACCUGCUCUUCCCCAACUCCCUGAGCCUGAGUGAGCGUGUGGCCAUCAUCAAAGGCACGUAUGAGCCUGACGAGGACUGGGAGGAGCAGCGGGAAGAGCGGAAGAAGACCAUGGAGCUGACCACCCACUGACCGGUGUCAGGCAGGGGCCAGCCCCUCAGCCCCUGAGCCAAGGGGGAAAAAAAGAAAAAGUACAUAACACAAGCUUCCUUUUUGCACAACCGGUCCUCUUGGCUGAGGAGGAGGCGCUGGUCCCCCUGGCUGCACAGUUAGAGAGGGGAGAAGGAACCCAUGAUGGGACUCCUGGGGUAGGGGCCAGGGGCUGGGGUCUUCUGGGGACAGGUCUCUCUGGGACAGACCUCAGAGAUUGUGAACGCAGUGCCAAGCUCACAGGCUGCAAGGGCCAGGCCAGAAAAGGGUGGGCCUGCAGCCUGCAUCCCCCACCUUCCCCAGCCCUUCCUCAAGAGCUGAAGGGAUCCCAGCUCCUAGGUGGGCAGAGGCAGACCCUCCCCUGAGCUCCUUAGGAAGACGACAGACUGGUUCAUUGAAUGCCGCCUUAUUUAUUUCUGGUGAGGAUGCAUGCGUGGGGCUGCUGGUGUUUAGAGUGGGGGCUACCCAAUAAAUCACUGAUACUCACA